AUGUUCUUUAAUACGAAUAUUAGGACGUAAAAUGCAAAAAUAAUAAUUGAUGGUGUUACCUACUUAAAAUUAGAAUAACUUGGUUAAGGGAUGGAAGGAGUUAUUUAUAAGGGAGAAAAUAUUUAAACCAAAGAAAUAGUGGCUAUAAAAGAAUACUCAACAAUAAAUAUUAAUGAAUAAAAAGCAUUUUAAGUAAUUUAGUCAAAAUGCUACAACCAUAUUAUUGAAAUCAAAGGAUUAAAAUACAAUUAAAAUUAAUGUCCAAUAAUUGUUAUGGAAUUCGCUAAUGGGGAAUUCUACAAUUUUAUGAAAUCAAAUGAAUACUCAAGAUUAGAUUAUUAAUAAAAAAAUUAAUAUUUUCUUUAAGUAAUUAUUUAUAUAUGAUAUAAUUAGAUGGCAAAGGGAGUUAGCUAACUUCAUUAAUUGGGAUUAUUUCACAGAGAUUUGAAACCUGAAAACUUUGUAUAUAUUAAUAAACCGAAUUAAUAAAAGAUCAUAAAAUUGAUUGACUUUGGUUUAGUGAAAGAAACUGCAAAUAAAUUGGGUAAGACUGGUUGUGUUGGAACACCAUAUUACAUAGCUCCAGAAGUGAUUCAGUGUAAUUAAAAUAGAGUAGCUUUUUAUGAUAAAUCAGUCGAUAUAUGGUCUUUAGGAUCCAUUUGGUUUGAAUUAUUAGUAGGAGAGACAUUCUUUAAUGGUAAUUUAAAAUUUAUAUUUUAGGUACAUAAUAAGAAAUAUUUAAUCGAAUCUAAAUAAUAUCAUAAUUUGAAAUUGAUAAAUAAAUUUAACAAAACCCUAUUAUAUAACAAAAAGAAAAAGAUUUAAUUAAGAAAAUGAUGAAAAAAAUUCCAACAUAAAGAUUGUAAUUGGAAAAAAUAAUUGAAGCUUAUGAUUAAUACAAAAAUUAAUAGCAGAAUGAGAAUUAAAAUCAUCCCUCUAUGAAUUUUAAUCAAACCUAUUUAAAUAACUAAUCAAUAGAAGCUUAAUUCAAAUAAGGAUAUGGUUUAUUCACAUAAUAAUAAACUUAAUUCAAUUAAGGAUAAUAAUAAUUUCAGCAGAUAUUUCCUAUUUAAUAACAAUAAUUAAAUAAUAAUUCAUUUCAUUAUCAACCAUCAGAUUUUUAAGAUAAUGAGAGAUAAUAAUAAUAAGAUUUAUAAGAAUUGAAAUAAAUACUUGAUAGAAUUUAAGAAGAAACUUAAAAGAAAAUGAAGGAUGAAUAUGAAAAAAAAUUACGUGAUUUUGAAUUAAAAAAGGAAGAAGAAAUGUAAUAAAUAAAAAGAUAAAUCGAACUAUAAAAAGACCAAGAACUCUUAGAUAAAAUAGAACAAUUUAAAAAUCAAUAGAAGAAUGAAUUUGAACUAUAAAUAAAAGAAAAAGAAACAGAACUAAAAAAGUAAUAAUAAGAAGUUUUAAAAUAAUAAUAAGACAACGAAAAGUUAGCUGAAUUGAAAUUGUAAUAAGUAUUAAAUUUCUAAAAUGAAAUGGAUAAAUUUAAAAAAAUUAAAGAAUAAGAAUAAAAUGCAUUCCUUCAAAAAUUUAAAGAAAAAGAAAACUAAAAAAAAGAAGAAGAAAUUAAAUAAAAAGUACUAGAAUAGGAAGAAUAAAUUAAGCAAUAGUUAGAAAAAGAAAUUUAGACAAAAUACAUGCUAGAUUAUGCAAAUAAAGUUGAUUAACUUCAAAAUUAAUUGUAAUAAGAAAAUUAAUAGUAUUUAUAAAACGAAAAACAAUCUUUAUUAUCUCUAUUAUAAUCCUAGUAAAAUAACAUGAAAAUCUUUAAUUAAAAUAUUUAAUAAAAAUUAGAAAUUAUAGAAAAUAUUAAUCUAAUGAAUGAUUAAAAAAAUAAGUUAAUAUAAUAAAUAAAGAUAGAGCUUAAAAAAAAUGAUGAAAAACUUUUAAAAAAUAGACAGAUUUAAUAAUAAAUAUAAUAAGUUUCUAAAGUAGAGCAAACUUAAGGUCUUGAUCGUCAACUGGCAUCAGAGAUUUAAUAAGAUAUAUUGGAUUACAAUAAUACUAUUCAAAUGAUAUCAGAAUAAUAAAUGUUACUUUAAAAUCAACUUGGAGAUUAAUAAAAAAAUGAAUUAUAAGAAAAGGAAUAAUUAAAACAAUAAGAACUAGAGAAUCAAUUAAAUCUAGAAAAAAAAAACUUUAAAUUAAAAUUUGAAAAUUUAACAUAAUAAUCAUAUUAAUAUAAUGUUAACAUAACUAAAAUUGAGGAAAAAAUGAAGUUUUAUGAAAAAAAUUUAGUAUAUUAAAUUUCAGGGUAAGAAAGACUUUAAGAAAUUCUAAGAUUAUUUUAAAAAAUAACAUAAGAAUUAGUGGGCUUAGAAUAAUAAGAGAAAAUAAUUAUUUAAAUUGAUAAACCACUACAGCUUAUUAACUAUUAAUCUUUCACAAUUAAGCUUGAAGAACUCCUAUAGGCUUAAAAUAUACUAAAAAACUUAAUUAAUGAUAUGAAUAAAAUUAUUGAAUAAAUUGAUAGUAAAUUUAUUUAAGAUUGUUAAAGGUAAAUAGAUUUUUUAGCUGAUAAUUUAAAUGAUUACUAAGAUAAAUUUAUGUAUCUAUCUUAAAACUAAAAAUAUGCUGAAAAAAUUAAUUAAUAUAGUAACUAAUUAGGUUUUUGCUCUGAAUAAUUAAAUGAUUUAAAUUAAUUACUAUAGUAAGGAAUAUUUUUAAAUUAUUUGAAGUUCAAACAAAUUUAUGAUUAUAUUACUUAAUAAUUAUAAGAAUUUAACAAAUAACAUAAUUUAUUGCUCGAAUAAAUACAUAAUGAUUAACAUAUUGAAUAAAAAAAUAAUGAAAGAAUAAAAAAAUUGAAAUAAAUAGAAGGCUAAUUAAAUGAAUUUAUAGUUAAGAUGAAUUAAUUAAAAAUUUCAGUUAAUGAUUUUAGUAAAAAUUAAUAUUGUAAUAAUGAAUAAACUAGAAAUUUAAUAGCCGAUAAAUAAUAAAAGAUCGAUUAAAAUAUAUAUUCAAUUCAAUAAUAAUAUUAAAAUUUCUUAAGAUUUAAUAAUUUAAGUUCCUAUGAUAGUAUUAAUUUUCAAAUGAUUGAUUUGGAAUCAUUUAAGGAAAAAUUAAAAUUAUUAAUAUUGGACGAAUAAGAAAAAGUAAACUAAUUAUAUUUAAUAAUUUAAAAAAUAGGCAAUGAAUAAAAAACUGAACAAGAAAAAGAAUAUUUUCAAUUAAAUAAUCAAUUAUAAAUUUUAUUAAUGAGGUUUUCAAGAGCUUUAUCAUCAGUCAAAAUUGAUUAAGAAACAAUUGAUUAUUUAAAAAUAAUGAAUGAGAAAAAAGAAAAAUUAUAAAUAGAAUUAGAAUAAGAAAUAGAAAGAAUUGAAAAUUACUAUAAAAUUAACAAAGAGAAUUAGAAUCUAUUUAAGAAAUUAAUAGAUAGUUAGAAAAUAAAAUCGUCAGAAUUAGGUAAUAAUUUUCUAAGAUUAGUUAAUAAAUUAUAAUAAUAUAAUAAAGACAAAACAUAAAAAUUGGAUGAAGUAUAUUAAAAUGCGCAUAAUAAAUAGAAUGAAUUAUAAUUCAAUAUUAUGGAUAAUACUCUUGUUGAUAAUUAUCAAGAGCUAAAGAAAACAGAAGAACAUUUAUUUAAAGAAAUAAAUGAAAUGGGUCAAAAGUCAUAAGAAUUAUAAUUAAAUCCAUCAGCUUUUAUGAUAGAAAAAGAAAAAAUUCAAUAAUAAAUUGAGCGAUUAAAUCAUUUGAUAAAGCGAAUCCCAUCAGAUAAUGAAAUAAACAUUUUCAACAAAAAAUAUAAAUCUAACCUAGAUUCUUUUUUUAAAUUAUAUGCUUUAUCUAAUUAUAUAAGACAGUAUAAUUUAACAAGAUAUUAUGAAAGAAUAAAAGAAGAUGCAUCAAAAUAAAAGAAUAAAUAAAAUUAAAGUAGUUAUAUUGCUAUAUUUUAAUAAAAAAAAAAUUAAGUAAUGGAAGAAAACACAAAGAAGGAAUAGGAAGCUUAAAAUUUAUUAAAAAUAUACUAAAACAUUUUAUUUAACAACAAUAACUAGAGAAUUUAUGAAUAAUUGCAAAAGGAUUAUGAUUCAAUUAUUAAGCAAAUUAGUGAAACUGAAAAUGUUAUCAAAUCUAAAAAUUUAGUAAGACUGAGAGGUUCAAUGAAAAACUAGGAUAAAAUAUAGGAAAUUAUUAAAAACGAAUAUUAUAGAAUAUCUGAAUUAGCAUAAAUGUAAGAAUUUUAAAUAAUAUGGGAAACAAUAUGA